GCACCACAAGCUUUCCCCAGAAAGAACGAGUCUUCCUCGGAGGGGGGCGCAUGGGAGAUGGGCAUGCCUGUCUGAUGUGCAUCCAAGACCCCUGCCUCUGGGCCUGCUUGGGCCUGCUUGGGCCUGCUGGCCCCUACUCGUACACCAACGCUGGGAUCCGGCCCGCAUUGAGCUUCACCACCGUCCCCGGUUUUGGAGACAAAGUGUCCUCAGCUUCAGAUACAGCAAAUCCACCACGAGCGCAAGGAGCAAGUCGUGUAGAAUUUGUGCGACGGUUUCACUGUCUUUUUUCUUCUUUCUUCUUUCUCUUUUCUUCUUCUUCGCACAUCACAAAAUCUCGCGCUUGUCAGUUCAUCUCAUUUGCAGCUUCCGCCUAGCUUUUUUGUUCCCUAGUCCUUGUCCAAAGCAUAGAGAUGCGCUUCUCCCGCCCGGCAUCGCUAGCCGGAUUGCUUGCUGGAAUUUCCGUCGCUGAAGCUCAAGCUCAGUUUCUAGUAGAUCAACUCAGUUUCGGCUAUACUGGCAGGAUAAAUGACAAAGGCCAACAAACAGUUCCUCAAUUCUCCUUGCAAGGAGAGCCCAACACACCAGAGAUCCUUUCCAAUAAAAUCAUUCUCACACAGCCGUCGCCAGGCAAUGCUAGAGGCGCGGUUUGGGGCGACAACCCGAACAAGUACAAAGAAUGGGUAGCAGACGUUGAUUUUCGUGUCAACGGCCCCGAAAGAGCCGGCGGUAACCUCAACAUCUGGCUGGCGCGCCGUGGCCCCCAAGAAGUUGGCACAGCGAGUAUAUACAAGGUCGGACGUUUCGAUGGCUUGGCCUUGGUCAUUGAUCGUUCUGGCGGAGGUGCUGGCAUGAUUCGUGGCUUCCUGAAUGAUGGCACCACAGACUACAGCAACCAUCACAGCGUCGACAGUCUGGCCUUUGGCCACUGCGAUUAUAGUUACCGCAAUCUUGGCCGGCCCUCCCAGAUCAAGUUGCGUCAAACUGUGAGUAACUUCCGUGUUGACGUCGACGGCCAGCUCUGCUUCGAGAGCAGCAACAUUCAAAUCCCCCCGGGAUACAAUUUCGGCCUCACUGCUGCCAGUGCCGAGAACCCAGACUCCUUCGAGAUUUUCAAGUUCGUCGUCAUGACCGAGGACCUCAACAAGCAGCACGAAGCGCCACCCCAGCAACAGCUCAACUCCCAGGAGCAACAGCAGAACACUUGGACCAAUCCGGGUGGUCACGGCUACGAAAAGAACAUGCGUUUUGAUGACAGUGCAUGGGAGCAGGACAUUGCCGAUGCCACUGCCGACUCUAUCACCAGCUCCAAGGCCCAGUUCUCCGAUUUACAUAAUCGCUUACAAAGUGUAAACCACCAUCUCUCAACAAUCUUCCGAAAAGUAGCAACGCAAGACAGCAUUGGGGAGAGGCGCCACGAGGAAACCUCGACCGCAAUCAAUGAGAUCAAAGGCCUGUUAGACAGGCUAGAGAAGCUGAACAAGAUUGAUGGCCUGCAAGGCCAGAUUGUGUCCCUGGAGCGGGAGAUCAAGACAAUCAAACAGGACACAGCCAACAAGGUCAAGGACUCGGAGAAUGCAAUCAAGAAGUUGCUCGGCACUUCUCAUGGCGAUAUGCUCUUGCAUGUUGCUGAAAAGACCCAGCCCACCCACGGAAAGUUGAUCUUCGUCAUUAUCGGGAGUCAAAUUGUAUUGGUGGCUGCAUAUAUUUGGUACGAGCGCAAGAAGACGUCGCCCAAGAAGUACCUGUAGUGCGGUUGUGAUGUGGGAAUGGCUACGAAGCCACCACCAAAGGGUCAGCGUACAUCAUUAUCUGUUCAAAAUCAUAGCGCUUAUGAUAUUUUCGAGGCAUCUAGGGCAUUGCAAUAUGCGACAUGGAAUUUAGUUGGUGAAUUGCUUGCGACUAUGUGCCACGUGCGGGCCAGAACUUGAUUUGCCAAAGUUGAGAACGAGCACCUGGCCCCAUGCCCAGAUAUAUGUGCGCGUCUCAAUACUUUGGCUAACAAUCCUACCGCUUCGCAUCUAAGUCAGGCCGAGGCAGACGUGUCGUUCAAAUCACGAUCGAAGCUCAAGGAGCAAAUUAACAAUAGCAUUAACAUCCUACACAAUAGAGCUUAAGCCAGGGUGGUGAGACCAUGACGUGACUAGACGACUACUUUAUUCAUGCGCGAUACUAACAAUG